CUUAGUUUGUUUUUUAAUUAUUUUGUCCAUAGGUGUUGCUACGGGAUGUGGAUGGCAAGUAAUGGUUGGAUACAUAAACUUGGCAUGUUAUUACAUUUUUGGACUCUCACUUGGCUAUUUUCUUGGUUUCAUUCAACAUUUUGGUGUGAAGGGGCUAUGGGGAGGGACACUGUCCGGAAGUAUUAUUCAGAUUUUGGUCAUCACAGUUAUUAUUUGGAGAACCAACUGGACCAAACAGGUGGAGCAAACAGCUAAUCGCAUGCAAAAGUGGAGCCCCAAGGGAAUCCGAAAAGAGAUGAUAUAAAAUAUUAAAAUGUAACAUCUCCCAAGAACCUUAAAAGACACAAGAAAAGGACUCUGUUCUUCCCAUUUCAUAUGGUGUGGAAUUGUAAUUCGUUAGUAUAAAAAAAAUUGUUGAUAUUGUAAUCAUAUCUCAAUAGGGUUAAUAUUUUGUAAAGUUAAGGGGUAAGUACGAUUUUGGUCCCUUAAGUUUAGUGCCAGAAUCGAAUUCGUCCCUCUUGUUAUUUUGCCA